AGAAUGUCCAUCUUUGUGCUUGACUAUUUUUGUUGAUUGUAGUUCACAUGGCAGCUAAAGGCAGUUGUAAAGAUUUAUGUAAUCACAUUUUCAUUUGAUCCUUGCAGACGCGUGAAGUGAGAUGGGGUUCUUUUUUUCAUUUACAAGGCAGUAGUUUCCAGUAUCCUAGUGGUGGACGAUGUACAGCAGGGAUUUGGCCUAAUUUGUUCUAAACUGACAUUCUGCCAGCUAGAAUGUAAAUAAAGCAGUAGUUACUAGCCAGAAAUGCUAAUGAACGUGUUACUGUAGCACAGAACGUCAAUGACAGUAAGUUAACAUAAUAAUUUAAAUCUGAUUACACUCCAACUCAUACAUGUUGACCUGUUAUUGUUGUGGGGAUAUAUGCCUAUAGUAGGUUUACAUAAUAUACAUAUUUUGUGUCCAAAUGAGCUCAAAACACUUAGCAUUUCAGCAAGGGAAGAUUUUAAAUGAAAGGUGGAUCAGGAGAAUAGAAGUUUGGUGCGAUAAACGCCUUCAAACCUUUCUCAGACUAACUGACAAUGUGACCAAACACAGAAGGGAAAGUGGAAAAAGUCCUUUAAGGACCAGAGCGUUUGUGGUGCCAGUCUGCCAGUGCCCUUGCUCUGCCUGCCCUACUUCCUGCCAACUCACUGGUCCGUGUAGCAAAACCAUGCCACCCAACAGGAGCCCAACAGAUGAUAACACUUUGAGAAUACAAUGCCAGGCCACACCACCCCACAGACCAUGAAUGCUGUCAAAAUGUCACAAAGCCUGAAAGUGCCCCUCUAUCACUUUCACAGAUUUUCUCCUAAGGAACCAAAUGAACUCAAGUUCUUAAUAUGACGCUAAAUUCCACAAAUAGCUAGAUAUCUAGGCCACAGUGCGCCAAAGCCACACAAACAACUUUUGGCGUUUUGGAAUGUACCAGAGCACUGUGGAAGCCUAUGGGGGAACUCUGAAAAAGAGACCCAGUAUACACAGCAAUUGUUGUGAGAAAUGGAAACAAAAGGAAUGUAAUUAUCCCAACCAAGUUUGCCCCCAAAUAAACAUGCUUGACGUAUGACAUCCUCCUGCUCAGUUCCCUUCAUGUUUUCAUUUGUCUGUAGAUUUGGAGGGAACUACAAAUGACACAGUGCAUUAAACUGGUGCAAAUUGCUCAUAAGUCUGUUCCCAAAUUACUACUAAAGUAUUUUAGUCUGUAAUUCAUUCUGAAACCAAGAUAAGAAGUAUCCUGGAAAUGUAAACAAUCCUUAUUUUCGACUGAUACUGUAAUCCAUAUUUUAAUUUGAAGUGGUGCAUUCUAAGUCAUUUAAUCCUAGCCUUCCCAUUCCUGUCAGCACCAUCAGCGCCACCAAUUUGUGUGUCUUGGCUGUAGCAGUGAUGCGUGAAGGAACAUGGAAGAAUUCAGAGGAACCAAAGAGGCAGUGUGGGACACGGCUCUCCAACACAUUUUUAGAUUGAGAACAACCACAUGGAGCUCGCAGGUCUGUCCGAAAUCAGUUUUUCGGAAAGUAUGAUUUGGCUAAGAGAUAAAUUAGUGUGAUUGUUGGCGCGCUCACACACGCAUAUUGUCUACAGAGUUUCUGAUUCUGUUUUAGUUCAUGACCAAUGCGUGUGCGCAUACUCAACAGCUGCAGUCAGCUGACUGCUUUCAACAUGCUUCACUUCAGAAGGUUGUCUGACAGAUGGAGGGAGAGGGAGAGAUAGUCAGAGUGAGAGGUGAAGCCAAGGGAGAGCGCCCUAUCACAAGAGCUGAAUGUUUCACCGUAACAGCUGAAGGCUCCAGAGAAAGAGAGGCAGUGUGAGAGAAGACAGGCGGUAGAAUAACAGGCACGUACGCAUGAGUUGAAGACGCUGGGUGUGCUACGGACAGAUAUAGAGGGAGAAAUGGUUAGGCAGCAGUGUCAAUAGUCAUGAUGUGGAGCUCAGGGUAAUCCGCCAGGCAGUGGCAUCUACCGGGGCCAGAGGAGGCCAUUUGCAGAGAUGACGGACAGAAGCAGCCUGCCUCUUGGACUCGUCCCCAGGUCACAGAGGGACAGGAAGGACAAGCAGGCCUAUUCUCAAGAUGCAUACCUUAAAGGAAACGAGGCAUACAGUGGAAACGCCCAAAACAUCCCAGAACCUCCUCCCAUAUGCUACCCGAGGAUAGAGCCUAAAGCCACAGGGAUGGCCCAGGUCCUGGAUCCGUCUACCUCCACUGAGGGCCCCCGGGGAGGCAGGCCUGUCCUGGCAGGGAGACAGGGCACCUCCAUUUCUACACCAGGCCACACAGACAUGGGUUACCGGAUGGAUAUCCCUGUCCCCCCCUCUCCCCCACCUCCACAGGACCCUAAGAGCCAGACAGUGGUUUGUGUGUGCAAUGACAGUGUGAGGACAGUGGUGGUACCGCCUGACCCAGUAGCGGAUCAGGGGCUGCUUUGUGUGGCUCGGGCUGGUCCCGGCCACCGGACAGAAGAGAACCGGUACGGAAGUCCUCUGGACCUCUCCACCCAGCCUAGACCCCUUGUGGCCUCUGGCCCACCUGGGACGUCACAGUUACACCACCCCCUCAUCCCCACCCGGCCCAAAGAGCCCUCGGUAUUCUCCGCCGAUGGCUCCAGGUCUUCCCUGAACCAUCCCGAAAAGAAGCACCUUACCCCCUCCCCACAAACCCAGGCAAGCGACACCUUCCCCUCCCCGAACUCGCCCAACCACUACACCCCAUCCCCCUCAUCCCCUGCCACCCCCACUCGACAGAACAUCGACUGGCGCAACUACACCACCUACAAGGACUACAUCGACGCCAAGCGGCUUCACACUUAUGGCUGCCGAACGAUCCAGGAGCGUUUGGACAGCCUGCGGGCGGCGUCCGACCCCAACUCUGCCUACGCCCUGCGGCUUGGCCCUCCACCCAGCACCUCGUCCCAACAAAGCCCGGCAGGGUCACAGGUCCGGCGAAGGAGCGUAUCCCACGACCGAGUUACCUACCAGGGGGCCACCGUGGCCCCUCUGCGUAGUGCUUCCCAGGAGAAGUUAGGUGGGGUAGAGCAGGAGAGGACAGCCUUGCCCAGGCACUGGCCGCGGAGUGCCUCCCAGGAUGCUCUGCCCUCCUUAGCCCCCAUAGGGACUGGCAAGCCCAGGGCACACUCUUGCGACUACCUGGGCCGGCAGAAUGAGCCGGCGUCAGUGCUAGGGGAGAGGGGAGUGGGUGGGAACAGCAGGGCAGAGCUGGAGGACCAACUGCUGCUGUACAAGGGCGAAGAGGUCCGAACUAGCAGACAGGGGGCAGUGCUUAAGCAGCUACCCCAGCCUCACAGGACCAGCAUGCUCAAUGCCACCUCUGUGUUCACUAAAAGCACGACAGAGGUCCCAUCUAGGACAGACAGCCUUGCACUGACAGCCCUCAGUAGGCCCUCGCGGCUGCCUGUCAAAAACUCCACAUUGGAGCCACUGCAACCCACCUUACCAUACACCCAGGGACCCGGUAACCACAACGCUUUGGACCUGAUCAAAUAUCAUAGAGCUGUGAUGGUGGGGAACCACCUGGGUUACUCCACCUCGCCCUUGCAGCAGCUGCACUUCCGAGUGCGGGCCGACAGCCUGCAGGAGGAAAGUGGGGCUGGGAAAGUGGGACUGAGUGCCAGGUCAUCGUCCUGCUCCGGCCCCUCCCAAGUUCCAGUUCAAAGACAGCAGGCCCUAUCUACUACCUCCUCCUCCACUUUUAAUAGGACUGUGACCCCCAGGUCAAAGGUGCCCGACCCGGUGCAGAGUAAUGGGAAGCCAGUGGAGGGCCCAGAUGCCACUGUGGUGGUCCUUAGAAGGAAUAAGAACUCGGGGCCCCUGCCUAUUCGCCACCCCUCCUACAUCUUGGCUGUCAACGACACAGACAGGGAUAUGCAGACUGAGGCAGGAACUACUGCAAGUAAGACGGCAUCAGAUUGCUGGUUGCCCAACAACACCAAGCAGGAAGUUACCAUGAGAAGACUGGGCGAACAGCGCAAGACCUCAUGCUCCAGCAACCUAGAUGACUCACUCGACUCCAUCCCCUUCAUCGAUGAGCCGUCCAGUCCAAGUAUCGACCACGACACUGGUCACAUUCCUGCUUCAGCUGUAAUAUCUGUUACUCCAAUUAUCAACACCAUCCCGCCCAGCCCCAUCUCCCCAUCUCUUUUCAUUCGACGACAGCUGUCACAUGACCAUGAUUCUCUUCGGUUCACAACUAUUGAGUCAGAUUCUGGUACCAAAACGGAGCGGUCCAAAUCCUAUGAUGAAGGUCUGGAUAACUACAGGGAAGCGAGACAAAUACCUGGUCUAAAAGGCCUUAGGAAGGCAAUGCCGGACAAGUCUUCAGAAGAUUCCGGAUCCAGGAGAGAUUCCUCAACAGAUUUCUUCAGUGAUGCUACCAAGGAGGGCAUGCUCCACUUCCGACAGAUCAACAUGGACAAGAGCAAGCGUGUUACUGUGGGAAUGCGCUCUUGGAAACAAAUGUACGCAGUCUUGCGAGGCCACUACCUCUGCCUAUAUAAGGACAAAAAGGAUGUACAGGCUAACACUAACUUCCUGGUGGAGCAUGAGCCCCUGCCAAUCAGCAUCAAGGCCUGUCUGAUUGACAUCUCCUACAGUGACACAAAACGCAAGAACGUGCUUCGGUUAACGACAUCGGACUGUGAGUACCUGUUCCAGGCGGAGGACAGAGAAGACAUGUUAGCCUGGAUCAAAGUCAUCCAGGAGAACAGCAACCUGAACGAGGAGAAUGCAGACUUUACCAGUCGUGACCUCAUCAGUCGGAAGAUCAAGGAGUACAACACCUUGAUGAGCCCGACAGGCAGUAAGACCGAGGCCUCACCCAAACCAUCCCGCCAGUCGUUGAGUAUCAGACAGACGUUACUGGGAGGAAAGGGGGACACUAAAUGUUUAAGUCCACACUCACCCAAAGUGGAGGAGGACAGGAAAAAUAUGCACAAAGACGAUACCAGUCCUCCGAAGGACAAGGGGACAUGGAGAAAAGGUAUCCCAGGGCUUAUGAGGAAGCCCUUUGAGAGAAAGCCAACUCCGGGCAUCACGUUUGGGGUGAGACUGGAUGACUGCCCCCCAGCCGUAACCAACAGGUUUGUUCCCCUUAUCGUGGAGGUUUGCUGUAACCUGGUGGAGGAGAGGGGGCUAGAGUACACAGGGAUCUACAGGGUCCCAGGAAACAACGCAGCAAUCUCCAAUAUGCAGGAAGAGCUCAACAACAAAGGCAUGAACGACAUCGACAUCCAGGAUGAUAAAUGGAGGGACCUGAAUGUGAUCAGCAGUUUACUUAAAUCCUUCUUCCGUAAACUUCCAGAGCCUCUGUUCACAAAUGAGAAGUACGCUGACUUCAUAGAGGCCAACAGAACAGAAGACCCAGUGGAAAGACUGAAAUUGUUGAAGAGAAUGCUACACGAAUUGCCGGAUCAUCACUAUGAGACCAUCAAGUUCUUGUCGGCUCAUCUUAAAACUGUGGCUGACAACUCUGAGAAAAACAAGAUGGAGCCUAGGAACCUGGCAAUUGUUUUUGGACCCACUCUGGUGCGCACCUCAGAGGACAACAUGACCCACAUGGUCACCCACAUGCCUGACCAGUACAAGAUUGUAGAGACGCUCAUUCAACAUUAUGACUGGUUUUUCACAGAGGAAGGCAAUGGGGAACCAGUGACUAUAGUCCAAUAUGAGAAAGCGGUCGAGUGUCAGCCUGUGCCCAACAUCGACCACCUGCUCACUAACAUCGGCCGCACAACAGCCUGCCAAGGAGAAGUCUCAGAUUCAACGACUAGUGACUCUGCCAAAUCCAAGGGUUCGUGGGGUUCCGGGAAGGACCAGUGCAAUCGAGAGCACCUGGUCUCCUCGAUCUUUGCUGCAGCCAACCGCAAAAGAAAGAAGCUCAAGGACAAGCCGCAGCCUAGCAGUUCAGAUGAUGACCUAGACUCAGUGUUCCUUAAGAAUGAGCAGAAAAAUCACAGAGAUACUGAAGUAGAAUUGGAGCCAGAGAGUAGUGCUAGUGCUGAUGUAAAAGAGCAAGCAAAAAUAGAGAAAGAUAAUGGAAGAGAAAUCGAUCUCACGUCCAAAGGCAAAAAAGAGCACAGGCCCUCUUUCUUUCUAAGGGAGAAGCCCUCAUCAAGGCAGCCCUCAUCUGCCUUUUGCUCCUCACCUAAAAACUCUGGCUCCCCCAGCCUCAGUUACCACACAGCCCCACUUGGAAAGUCCUCCUUAUUGGAUCCUCUCUCCCAGCUGGAUGAGCAUUCUUCUGAUCUGGGCACUAUGAGCUCUGGGGCUUCCGUGCCCAGGGCACGACCAAAGAAGUGGCUGUCAGGAACUGCUGCUCCUGAUUUAUCAGCGGCUGGUGCAUCAGCUGGGGCUGAAGUGAGCUCCAUCACCUCUGACUAUUCCACCACCUCGUCCAUCACCUUCCUCACUGCAGCUGACUCAAGCACUCUCAGUCCUGAGGUUCAGGGUGGAGAUGAGGCAGAUGACGAGCGUAGCGAGCUCAUCAGUGAAGGUCGGCCCAUGGAAACUGACAGUGAGAGUGACUUCCCUGUGUUUGCUACAGGAUGUUGCAGACAAGGUUUGGAUGCUGCCUUAGAACUAACCCAGACUCGGCGUGGGCCAGAAAUGACUUAUCCUGCAGCAGUUGACGGGAGCAUGACUCCCAAACUGGAACCCCGUCGCCUGUUCCCCUCCCAUAGACUGAUUGAGUGUGACACACUAUCCAGGAGGCGGUCCCUGCGGCAGAAGACGGACAGCGAGUCAUCGGUUGAGGGAGGAGCCGGCAGUGGGGAACGUGCAGAUGGCACUGCUGAGUCAACGCGACUGUCUCGUGUCCUAGAGGUGAUGAAGAAGGGGCAAUCCACCGGCAGCCUCAGCUCUUCCUCCCGCAGUGAGACAGAGCGCCCUCCCGAGCCCACUUGGCGCCUCAAAAUUACAGAAAGGCUCAAGUUCCGUUUGCGCCCAUCUGCUGAUGAUAUGUUUGGCCUGGGUGCCCAGAAGAGCCGUUCUUCCCUAGAGACCCGUAGUAAGAAAAAGAACAUCCGACGGAGGCACACAAUGGGAGGCCAGCGGGACUUUGCUGAACUGGCUGUCAUCAAUGACUGGAGGGAGCAAGGUGGGGUAGACCAGGCAGCUGAGCUGUCAGCCAUGGACCGCCUCAAGCCAAAAUGCUCCUCUCAGGACUUUUCCAUUCGGGACUGGAUUGCCCGCGAGCGCUGUCGGGCCGGAGUGUCAGAGUUCAGCUUGGACACCCCACCCAAAGCUGUCCCAGAGGGGGACAGGCCUGAAGCUCAGGGCACCACCCCAAAGAGACCCUCUCCUUCCAGCUCCCCCGGCCUUCGGCCCAUGGUAGGGGAGCAGGUGAAUGGAAGUGGGCCGCAAGGCAAAAGCAAAGCCAGCCUCAACCUGGCAGCUGACGACGCGCACCCACACAAACUGUCUGGAGCACAAGUUGUUCGCUCAAGAUUCUAUCAGUAUCUAUGAAACAGCAAGGAUGUGUUGUGUACAAGUGUGCAUGAAAGAGAGAAUGAGUUUAUGUAUGCAUGUAGACACCUUGGCAAGGGUUACUGCACAAUAUUUGUUUUGCAAAGUGUGUGUGUGUGUGUGUAUAUACAGUGGGGAGAAAGUAUUUGAUACACUGCUGAUU